AUGCACCCCAAAAUCCCAACUUUCGAAAUCGAGUCGGCCUCGGUUUCACUGCACAGGGACGUUGAAUUUAAUGCGACCGUUUGGAAAUUAGGGUUUACAGUCGAGAAACAAACGGACAAGAUGGGGGAUUUCGGCGUAUGGGUCCGCUGUGCAAAGUAUCCGUAUUGGUGGGGAAGGGAGAUGGGGACCUUUGGUGGUGGGGAAAACGGGACCACUACUCGUGCGAACGUGACGUUGAUCACGUCGUUCGAUUGUGGUCCUCCGAAGGCGAUGGAGUACGAUGUGAUGUUCAAGGGAAGGUACUGGGGACGUGCAAUUGAGGCCGUGUGCAAGAAUAUGACGGCCGAGCCGCAUGGUAGGUUUGUGGUUGGACGGCCGAGAUCGUGUCCGGUGACCGAGUCCGAGUACAACGAACUCCACCCUUACUAG